AUGGCGCCGAGCGCAAGCCCUAGCCCGGGCCUAGCGGUUACGGCGCCGGUCCACCAGGCCCGCGUGCGGGUGCUCCACCCGGGGCAGGGCCUGCCCCCCGCUGGCGCGAAGCCCGGCCCGGUGGACGCCCACAACGUGGUGCCGGUAUGGGCGGCAUCGGGGAAGCUGGAGUACUCUGCCAAGACCUUCAGAAGCAAGAUGAACAAGGUGUUGGACGAGUACCUGGUCGACUUCCCCGAGUUUGCAGAGGUGGUGCCAUGGGACAGGGACCAACCAAAGGACAUUGAUUGGGAUACGCUAAUUGACACGGUUUGCAGCCAGGCAGAGGACGUGCCAGAGAUUGACUGGUGUGAGCCAGGCGAGGCGGCAGCAAUGGAGGCACUUCUGGGUACCAAGGAUGGGUUCCUAACGGAGAGGAUCAAGAGCUAUGAUUCGGACCGGAAUUAUCCCACAAAGCCAACGGCAUUGUCCGGCCUCUCUCCCUACCUGCAUUUUGGGCAUAUUUCAGCACAAAGAUGUGCUCUCGAGGCAAAAAAACGUCGCCAUCUUAGUCCCAAGUCAGUGGAUGCUUUCUUGGAGGAGCUGAUAAUAAGGAGAGAGCUAGCCGACAACUUCUGCUACUAUCAGCCUCACUAUGAUUCGGUAGCCGGGGCUUGGGAGUGGGCGAGGAAGACACUGAAGGAUCAUGCUGCCGACAAAAGAGAGCACAUUUACACGAGGGAGCAGCUUGAGAAUGCAAAAACAGCUGAUCCUCUCUGGAAUGCAUCACAGUUGGAGAUGGUCCACAAUGGAAAAAUGCAUGGAUUCAUGCGAAUGUAUUGGGCCAAAAAAAUUCUAGAAUGGACCAGUGGACCUGAAGAAGCACUUUCAAUAGCAAUAUAUUUGAAUGACAAGUAUCACAUAGACGGCAGGGACCCCAAUGGCUAUGUUGGUUGCAUGUGGUCUAUCUGUGGCCUCCAUGAUCAGGGUUGGAAGGAGCGUCCGGUAUUUGGAAAGAUACGUUACAUGAAUUAUGCUGGUUGCAAGAGAAAAUUCAACGUCGAUGCCUACAUUUCUUACGUCAAAAGAUUGGUUGCUCAACCCAAGAAAAGGAAACCGGAGGAAUCUCUGAAUUCAGCAGCCAAGUACUCGAAGUCUGAGAAGGACUAG